UUUUCAGCAAGCCAGGCAAGGGCGAGCAAAGAAGCUUUGCUUGCUUCUUCUUGCUGACUUGCUGACUGACUUGCUUGCUUGCUAUCCCAAGCAAGCAUGGAUCUGUUGAAGCAGUUCCAGUGUCACAUCUGCCAUGGCACCUUGCAAGGUGCUGUGGUGUGCCCGCAUUGCGGCGCCAAAGGCUGCGCAGCCUGCUUCUCGACGUGGCUCAGCAACAAGCAGGCUUGCCCAUAUUGCCGUGGGACGCUGACCGUAAAGAGUCUUGUCAAGCUGCCGUGGCUGGAUCCCAUCGUCAUUGAAGCUGUGCGUCAUGGGCUCGAGAACUCCGAGGAAAGCGUGGAAGAGGAGCCAGAGCUUGCAGAGCUCGUGCGUGAGAAGAUGAUGGCUGAGCACUGCGAACAACACAAGGAACUCGUCAAAGUGUACUGCAAGCAGUGCGAGUGCUGUUUGUGUGUGCGCUGCUUCUUUGAAACGCACCAGCGACACGAAUGCUGUCCCAUCGACGACGUUUACCGCCUCGAAAUGAAGGCGCUUGAGCGGAACCUGCGCCGGUUGAAGGAGCAGCAGACAGACUUCACGCGGUGGAUGAAAGAGGUUGAGACUCAGGUGACCCUGCUGGACGCUGCGGGGAAGGAGGCAACAGAGCAGCUUGACAAGCACCGCGACAUGUGCAAGGCCAUUAUCGAGAAGCAGCGAGAAGAGAAGUUACGGCGGCUGCUUGGCUACCACGAGCAGCUGACGCAGCACCGCGCCACGCUCGAAGCCAUCCUCCAUCGCAUCGAGACUGUCGCCCGGCCGCAGUCAAAGCCCCUCAUCCUGCGCUCCCGCCACCAAAUCAGCAGCAUGAUCCACGAGUUCCUUCGCCAGCCCGUCGCGCCGCCCCCCGCCAUAUCCAUGGAGGUCGUGCCAGCCAUUCCGGAGCAGGUGACAAAGGUGUUUGUCGUGCGCGCGUUUGCAGAGAAGAUUGCGCGCUAUCGUACCAUUGUCAGCGACGCACUCAACAUCUGUGGCGCACAGUGGAUCCUCAAGCUGGAGAAGAACCCAAAUCCAACCGUCUCCGGGCCCUACCUCUCCGCAUUCAUCGAAAUGAUCAGGGGCCCAGAGGACGGCGUGAUCCCGGAAGCGGCGUGCGAAUUUGUCUGGCGCAUGGAGCUUGUGCCGCCUGACGGGAGCGAGCGGAACCGCGUUGUGCGGGAGGCGACGUCGCGGUUUUGCCUGCACGACUCGUGGGGAUACGAUAACAUGUGCUCGCUGGAGUUUGUGGAGGACCACUUUGUCAGCAGCGAUGACGGCACGCUCACGUGCCGUUUCAGCAUCCAGCCCUCGUCAUACUACCUGCUGUAUCGCCUCUCUGAAUGGCACUGCAAGAGCCUCACGCGCACAGGCAGCAGUGUUACACACAACCACCACCAACAGCAGCAGCAGCAGCAGCAGCAGCAGCAGCGAGAACAACGCCAAAGUCUUUCGUGCAUACACUGCCUCAGCCACCAGUAA